ACAGAAUGGAAGUCUCGCUUCCCUGUUGCCCGCAUCAAGAAAAUCAUGCAGGCCGACGACGACGUGGGCAAAGUCGCACAAGUCGUGCCUGUCGUCAUCUCCAAGGCGCUCGAGCUCUUCAUGCAGUCACUCGUGACAGCAGCAGCCCAGCAGGCGAUGGCAACGGGGCAUAAGCGCGUGCUGCCGGGCCACCUCAAGAUGGCCGUCAAGCAAGAUACGACCUUUGAUUUUUUGGAGGAACACGUCGCUGCAUUGCCAGAG